CGUUGCGCUUUUGGUAAUCAAUUGGGUAUAUCAACAAAAUUUUAAAGUAGGUAACAAAAGUUUAAAAUACUGAUAAACCAUGGUUACCUUCGGUCCAGACGAGGUGGGAUUAGUUGACAAAACCCCGUGCGCGGGGAUCCGAGCUGAUCUAAAGUUAUGUUUGUUAAAAAGCGACUGCUGUGUAAAGGAUAAGAAGACACCAAGGGAAUGCUUAAAAGAUGCCAGUGUACCUGACGAAUGUGUACAAUUGAGGCAUUCGUUUUUCGAGUGCAAAAGAUCACUGCUAGAUAACAGAAGAAGGUUCCGAGGACAUAAGGGAUACUAGGUGGAGAUUGAAGUUAUGGAUAUUUAGUGUAAAUAUAGAUUGUUAUUUAUGUUUUUAUUUGUAAUAAACAAAAUUGAUUCUUA